AUGGAAGCCUUACCGCAGCUGACCAUCAGACAGCUGGCUGAUGUGUCGGCCACACCCAACCAGCUCACCUCUCCUGACCAGGUUGCCAUGGUGAUGCAGUAUAUUCCCAGCCAAUUCCUCGCUGACUUCUUUGAUGACUUCUCACCUGCUAUCCUGGGUCACGAAGACAUGUUGCCCAUUGUGGUGAGGUCAGCCAUGUUGAAAGUUGUGUUUGAUCGGGCAAACCUCUCAGAUCCCGCGGUGAGUGAUUCAGUUGUGUCGCUGUGGCUCCAAAAACGACUGCCCCCCCUGCUGGUUGACCUGUCACCAGAGCAUGUCGCACCGUUCUUCAGAAUACUGGCGGGAAGAAACUGCAGUAUCGAGCAGCAGGGUGUUGAAGACCUGAAUUCAACAAUCUCCUCUCUCAGUGAUGUUACACAGAAAGAAAUAUACAACAACAUCGUUCAGAUUCUCACAGAACCGAUACCGCUGCAGUGCUACGGUGACAACUACAACCGCAGUUUCUACAGUUUCCUGGAGAGCUCAUUCAUGGGAUUCCAGUUUCCCAACGUCACCACCUUCCUGUCCCUCAUGCCUCUCGACAGGGUGCAUCAGCUGGUGAACUCCAUACCUCCAUCAGAUCUUGCAGAUUUUCUCCGUCGCCCUGACGUAGUCGACAACGAUGCAGAGCUCUGUGUGAUCUACAGCAACUACGUCCAGACAUCGAUGUUCCUAGAGACCGAGUCUCUCCCGGAGGUGGUGCGGCGGCCCACCCUGCCUUGCGUCUGGCCCAUGGCACUCAGCAGCUCCGAGUGGUCAGAGGUCAACGCCUGGUUUGACCAACGCCUCCCCAGCUAUUUGGGCUUCCUCACAAAGAGUCUAAUCAGCCCCAAUAUCACACACAACUCUUCCUGCCUGGCCUUCCAAAAGCUUGUUUCAGUCCUUGGGGAAUAUAACUACACUGGUGCAGACUUUACGACACCAGAUGUGUUCAACACCAUCAGCGCAUACCUUACCUCAGCGACGGUGCCAAGAUGUUACGACCCCAGCGAUCCAGAACUAAACUCCACAGCCUGGUUUGUUGAGUACAUCGGCCCUUUCAUGUCUUUCCUCACUCUGGAGGAUCUUCAGAUGUUUGGAUCUGCACAGGUUAUCCAGGUGUUCACGGUGAACCCUCUGAACAUCGCUCUCGUCAACAACUCCGGUUUACCUCUCAACCUCACCAACUACUACACCCAGCUCAUUUAUCAACAGGACAGCAACUUCAACCCCUUACUACUUCCUCUGUUGUGGCGGUGUGUCGCUCCUGGUCCAGCAUUCAGCCAGCUAACAUCAGAAGAAAGUAAUAUAGUUCUACAGUACCUGACCACUCUCUGUACAGCCCUGAACCCACAGGUUGCUGCAGCUUUGGCAGGUAACUUCGGUGACAACAUCAAUGCUGCGGCCAUUACUGCCCUCGGUAGCCAAAGCAGCGGCCUGUCCACCGGUCAGAUCAAGAUGAUAAAGCCUGAGGAUCUAUAUGCUGCCCUCUCCAUUCUCAGCAGUGUUACAGACUGGAAUGAAGGCCAGGCCAGGGCCAUCAUCCUGUCUCUGAUGUCUUCAGGGGUUAUGAAGAUCAACAGCUCGUCAACGUUGUUCAUGCUGGGCUCUCUUGUUGUCAGUGUUCCUGCGGAAAUUUUCAGCAGCAUCAGUGGCUCCCAGCUGAUUACUUCAUCCAAAAAUCCUUCAUUCCUGGGAUACGUGCUGUCCGCUCCACAGAUCGUCCAGCAGAUCUUUGUUACUCAGAUCGUAUCAGUGAACAGCAACAGUGACACGAUCAUACAGAACGUUCCAGAUGAAAUGGCCACUCAGAUCCCUCGUGCUCUGCUGCUGGGCUUCUCAAAUAACGGCAGCGUUAUCACCACACUCAACCAGAAGACAUGGAAACCACAGCAGGUUGAGUUGUUCUUUGAAAAUAUCGCUGUGGAAUCUGCGACCACAGUACUGGGAAGUCCCAACAAUUUGUCAUCCUCUUUGCUGCAAGGGUUCACGUGCACCGGAGUGAGGAAUGUUGAAAAGGUGCAGAUCAAGAAGCUGAUUAAAGCCUGCCGGAGGAAAGGCAGGAAGAAGGUCCCAUUGGUCGAGACUCAGCUGACCUGCAUGUAUAACUACAUUAAAAAUGACUCAGAUGCCACCAGCUUCGACCUCUAUCCUCCUGACGUGCUGCUGUACUAUGAUUACUCCCUGGUGCUACAGGCCAGCUGCAGGUUCUAUUUUCAAGAGCUGGCAGAAGCAGACUUCUCCGUCUUCUCCUCCGUCCUCAGCUACAAACUGACCGCUCUGUUUGCUAAUGCCAGGAGCUGCCUGGGUAUAACAAACACAACAUUGACUGCAGAUACUAUAUCGGUGUUGGGAAACAUGUGCUGCACUUUGGAUGGUACCUACAUCGAGAACUCUGACCCGUCCAUUUUAGAAAAACUCAAGAAUUGCCCGGACCUCACCAACGCUCAGGCGACUGCUGUUGAAGCUCUUCUGCAGAGCGGGAAAACACAGUAUGGAGCUCCAUCAACAUGGGACUACCAGACUCUGAAGAACCUCGGGAUGUUACCGCUGUACUUGACCUCAACCUUCUACAGUAACUUUGACAAAAAAACAAAGCAGAUGUUCUUGGAGUACUUCCUCAAAGUUAUUGCGAGCAACCGAGUGGACAUACAGAAGAAGGGGAGAAUGAUGGAAGAAAUAAGAAAGUCCAAUAGAAACCAAGUCAAGUCAAAGCGAUCUAUCGUAAACGGGUGCACAGUUGGAACGAUCACCCAGGUGACCAUCAGCGAUGAGACGUUCCCCUUCAACUAUGACGACAUAACUCAGUUCAACUGCUGCCUCAGCGCCUCGACUGUGAAGGACAACUUGGCAGCCAUCACUAUGAAGGUGGACCAGGUGGAAUACCUCCAGAUUGUUCUCAGCAAGUUGCGAGAGGCUUAUGCUGCCAACUCCACAAUCCCAGAAGAUCAGGUUCAGGUCCUAGGCCCAGCGUCCCGUGUGGCAUCUAUUAGUGACAUCAACCUGUGGGCUAUCACUCAGAUCGACACACUCUCUGCUUUGAUGGACCCGUCCAACGGGCCGUGGGACCCAAGUAUGGCUAAGGCCAUCAUCUCUAAGUAUCUGAGUAAUGAAGGGAACACACUGGGCAGUGCUGAGCUCAGUGCCAUCGGAGGAGCCAACCUUUGCUCCCUGGACGUUGAAGUUUUGAAGAACAUUUCCCAACAAAGCCUUAAAGAGGCUGACGCCCUGAUGGUGUCCAACUGCACCACGGAGAAAAAGGAAGUACUGUUCACCAUUGCCACACAAGCAUUUGCCACAAUGACCCGCUCAACUGUCCCUGUUUCCUCCUACCAGCUCACACAACCUUUCAUCGGGGGUGCAUCUCUAGACUAUGUCCGAAGUUUGGUGCCCUCCAACAUCAACAUGGACAUGGCUACCUUCACCAGUCUGGAUCCGAACGUUGUACUGUUAUCAUAG